GGCAGCAAGAUCAGCAGGCUUGCGUCCUCAGUGGGAGACACUGUAAAGUCCGCCCUCUCUUGGAAAGUAUCAAGAACCAGUAGUAGUUCAAGUCAUGGAUCCAGCGGCAGAAGGGCUCAAUUCCAGGACAACGCAAGUAUGUGUAGUCAUAGCGGGAGCAUAGACUAUCAGGCACGAGAAUUACUUCGUAGAACAUGUUCGGGUGGGGUGCCAAACCUCAACCAGGUACAGAGAGAGCAACUAUGUGCAGACGUCAGAGAAGUGAGGGAAACUAUGUGCGGUGACAAGAAGACGGCAUUAAGUCAGAAGACUGUGGCGCAAGUUGAGGAGGACGUUCAAAAUAAAUACUGUGAUGGCAAAGGCAAGACCAAUCCUCCGCAGACAGGGCAGAACAAAGGCGAAAGUAAUGCGGCACCUACCUCACCUAAAGGCACACCGACACCAAUGACACCACUGAUUGUUAACCUGAGGCAGAAGCUCCAGGAAUAUAAGUUACAACACGAGGCUUCCCUGGAGGCUUACAUGAGGACCACCGAGAUCAAUGUCCCUAAGCCAGGAUCGCCACCACGGUCGCCUACCCCUGAGGAAAAAGAUACAAAGGCAAUGCUCGCGGUGUGGAUGGCUGAGCUGUGCCCUCCGAACCCUCCGCCGGGGACCAACCAAGAUCCAACCGAAACCAUCCCUGAGCCGAGAUCUCCAUAUGAAACGCUCUCUGCAGAGGAACAUCACAUCUUGCACCUCAUGAGACUUGAACAGCUUAAAAAAGAGGUUUGGAAUGGGCGGAUAGAUUAUAAUUCUGCGGACUACCCCUUACGAGUGGGACGGAUCGACACUAAGGAUGAACCUAGGAAACGCGUUGCACCCAGACUCCCGUAUCCUGGGCCCCGAAAACCGGCCCAGACACAGCCAGAAGAUCCCGAACAACAAAGGUCACCCACUCGUAAGCGUUCACCCUCCCGAUCUCCAGACCGAUCUCCAGAUCGUUCUCCACGCCGAUCUCCACGCCGCUCGCCCUCGCCCACGAGACCUCCACCUCCUCCUACAUUCCGGAAAUGAUGAAGAUGAUUCUCAGCUUUGAAAUUCAGAUGAGCAGGCCCGUGGCUCAGCACCUUCAGUGGGGUGAGGGGGAUUCACGGUCAAAGAUUUCUCACUGUAAUUAAUGUAUAUAAUAAUGUCGUAUUUAAAUGAAUUUUUACUUUUGAAAUAUUCAAAA